GCUCAUUUUGAAAGCUCACAUGGUUAUAAAAUAAAUAAAUUCAGUAAAAAUUAGGCUCAACAAAGUAGUUAUUUGCUUACAAUGGAAUCUCUUCAAGAAAUGAGUCAAUUCUUAAAUCUAGAUACUCGUUUAGAUUUAAAAACAAUUGCCUUGGAACAUGUACUCAGUGUAACAGGAAGCGCCGAAGGACGAGAGUUACUAUUAAAACUUCCAGACCUAUUGACACAACUAAUUGCUUUAACUCAAGAUUCUUCUGCUGCAAUUUCCAAGGAUGCGGCACUGGCUUUAAUAAAUAUCACUGGAGAUGAAGCUGGAGCCAGUGCGUUUUUAUUGAUCUCUGAAACACAGCCUAAAAAUGAAAAACAAACUUACAAUUUAAUACACGUUUGUAUGAGAUUUAUAAUGGAUAAAGAGAGUACACUGGCAGAUCCAUGCUGUAUGAUACUCUCUAAUAUGACUAGACCAUUGCAUUUAGUAGAUAGAAUUAUAUCACUCAUUGAGAAAAGUGGAUAUUCAUGGGAUAGUAUCGUAGCAGCAUUCACUGCUAAACAGUAUAAUAAUACUGGUGCUAAACUGCACUAUUUAGGUUCAGUUUUUAGUAAUCUUAGUCAGUCUCCACAUGUUAGAAGAUAUUUAACAGAUAGAGACCAUAGUGUUAUCCAAAGGUUGCUUCCAUUCACAGAAUAUGAAGACAGUAUAGUAAGACGUGGUGGUAUUGUUGGUACUUUAAAGAACUGUUGUUUUGAUAUAGAAAAUCAUGAAUGGUUAUUAAGCCCUGAAGUAGAUAUAUUAACAUACCUUUUGUUACCACUGGCUGGGCCAGAAGAAUUUGAUGAUGAGGAUAAUGAUAAGUUACCAGUUAGCUUGCAAUAUUUACCAGAAACAAAAAAACGAGAACAAGACUUAGAUAUUAGAAUUAUGCUGCUGGAAGCAUUAACUCAACUCUGUGCAACGAAAAAAGGUCGAGAAAUAUUAAGAGAAAAUAAUACUUAUGUAAUACUUAGAGAAUAUCACAAAUGGGAAAAGAAUAAAAAUGCAUUACUAGCCUGCGAAAACGUUGUAGACAUUUUAAUCAGGACUGAAGAAGAAAUAGGUUUGGACAAUUUAAAGGAUGUGGAGGUUCCUUCGGAAUAUACAGAGAAAUUUCAUAAAAUGGAUCAAGACUUUAUUAGCAAUACAUGAUAAAACGAUAUUUUAUCAAUUUAUUGACAUAAUGUACAUAUUAAAAUAAAACAAUGAUAUGCCUCACAAAAACCGAGGCUAAUUGCA